AUGGAAAACGAUAUCCUCCUCAUCACCUCCUCCUCCACCACCACCACCACCACCACCACUACUACUACUACUACUACUACUACUACUACUACUACUACUACUACUACUACUACUACUACUACUGCUGCUGCUGCUACUACUACACGCCGCCUUCGCUGUCACCGCAACCGCCGCCACCACGAACGCUAUCCUAUCAGCUGCCAUUCCCAACCAACAAUUAUCCCGCUUUCAUUAUCGUUAAUUAUUUCAUCACCCAAUUACGGCCAUACGCACUCACAGUUAACAACAACAACAACAACAACAACAACAACAACAACAACAACAGCAACAGUAACAAUGCGUAUGGAGUUACAAGGUAAUAAAUCCAUACACUCUCUUGGCCCUCCCAAACGUAAUGUUGAGGAACAUGUAGAGUUUGACAGAAGAGUGAAUGAGGGGCAACUGAAGUCGGCUGGUACACAUUUUCAGAUACAUGGUAAAAUACGCGAAAACUGUUUUAAACUAAAAUAUGAAUAA